AUGGAUCAUUUCAAAGGCCAGCCCCGCCUUCCAAAAUUCGCCGUUCCCAAACGCUAUGACAUCCUUCUCAAGCCGAACCUCUCCGACUGCAAGUUCGGUGGCUCGGUCGCCGUCGAUCUUGAUAUCGUCUCCGACACCAAGUUCGUUGUCCUAAAUGCCGCGGAGCUCUCCAUUGCCUCCGGCUCCGUCUCUUUCACGCAGAAAGCUUCUUCCAAGGUUUUUAAGGCGAUUAAAGUCGAAUUGAUGGAAGCGGAUGAGAUACUCGUGCUGGAGUUUCCGGAUUUACUUCCUCACGGUGUCGGAGUCCUCGCCAUGGAAUUUGAAGGUGUUCUGAAUGAUAAGAUGAAGGGGUUCUAUAGAAGUACCUAUGAGAUUAAUGGCGUGAAGAAGAACAUGGCAGUUACGCAGUUUGAGCCUGCAGAUGCUAGGAGGUGCUUCCCAUGUUGGGACGAACCUGCAUGCAAGGCUUCAUUCAAGAUUACAUUGGUUGCUCCCUCUGAGCUGGUUGCUCUUUCCAAUAUGCCAAUCACCGAGGAGAAAAUAAAUGGAGCUUUGAAGACGGUUUCAUAUCAGGAAACACCUAUAAUGUCGACAUACUUGGUUGCAGUUGUUGUGGGGCUAUUUGAUUAUGUCGAAAACCACACGUCUGAUGGGGUCAAAGUUCGGGUGUAUUGUCAAGUUGGGAAGGCUAAUCAAGGGAAAUUUGCAUUGGAUGUUGCUGUGAAGACUCUUGAAUUAUACAAAGAGUACUUUGCCACUCCGUAUCCACUCCCAAAGCUGGAUAUGAUUGCUAUCCCUGACUUUGCGGCUGGAGCAAUGGAGAAUUAUGGGCUGGUCACUUAUCGAGAGACAGCCUUGCUUUAUGAUGAUAAACAUUCUGCUGCUGCUAACAAGCAAAGGGUUGCUACUGUUGUUGCACAUGAACUGGCACACCAGUGGUUUGGCAAUCUAGUAACAAUGGAAUGGUGGACUCAUUUGUGGCUAAAUGAAGGUUUUGCAACAUGGGUGAGUUACCUGGCGACUGACAGUUUGUUCCCAGAAUGGAAAAUAUGGACUCAAUUUCUUGAUGAAACUGUUGAAGGUCUUAAGUUAGAUGGCCUUGCAGAAUCUCAUCCGAUUGAGGUGGAGAUCAAUCAUGCUUCUGAAAUUGAUGAGAUAUUUGAUGCAAUAAGCUACAGGAAGGGUGCCUCUGUUAUCCGGAUGCUACAGAGCUAUCUUGGUGCUGAACCUUUUCAGAAAUCCCUUGCUGCAUACAUAAAAAAGCAUGCCUACUCAAAUGCAAAAACAGAGGACUUAUGGGCUGCUCUUGAGGAGGGUUCUGGAGAACCUGUGACAAAGCUGAUGAAUUCAUGGACAAGCCAAAAAGGGUAUCCAGUUGUAGCUGUGAAUAUCAAGGAUCAGAAAUUGGAUUUCAAACAGACGCAAUUUUUGUCAAGUGGUUCGCAUGGAGAUGGACAAUGGAUAGUCCCAAUAACUUUGUGCUCUGGCACAUAUGAUUCACGCAAGAACUUCUUACUACAAGGAAAUUCUGAAACCAUUGAUGUCAAGGAAUUGUUGGGUUUCAGCAUUUUGGAUGACAAAAGUCGUUGGUUGAAAAUUAAUGUGGAUCAGAGUGGUUUCUAUAGAGUCAAAUAUGACGAUGAUCUUGCAGCUAGACUUAGACAUGCCAUUGGGAAGAAGUGCUUGAAUGAAACAGAUAGAUUUGGCAUCUUGGAUGACGCAUUUGCCCUUUGCAUGGCUCGUCAUCAGCCUUUAACAUCUUUGCUUACCCUGAUGAGUGCUUACUCGGAGGAACUCGAGUAUACCGUCCUUUCCAACUUGAUUCAUAUAAGCUCCACACUUGGAAGAAUUGCAGCUGAUGCUACCCCUGAAUUGCUGAAGGAGUUUAAGCAUUUUUUCAUUAACCUUUUCCAGUAUUCUGCAGAGAAGCUUGGUUGGGAUGCUAAACAAGGUGAAAGCCAUCUGGACUCUAUGUUGCGGGGAGAACUUAUGACUGCCUUAGCUGUGUUUGGACAUGAUCCAACUAUAGAUGAAGCAAUAAGGCGAUUCCAAGCAUUCUUGGACGACCGAAAUACACCACUCCUGCCUCCUGAUGUUAGAAGGGCAGCAUAUGUAGCUGUAAUGCAGAGGGUUAACACUUCUAACAAGUGGGGUUUUGAAUCUCUACUGAAAGUUUACAGAGAAACUGAUUUGAGCCAGGAGAAAACACGCAUUCUAGGAUCAUUAUCAUCUUGUCCCGAUCCUAAUAUAGUUUUGGAAGUUCUGAACUUCUUGUUAACACCUGAGGUUCGCAGCCAGGAUGUUGUUUUCGGACUUGCUGUUAGCAAGGACGGACGGGAAACAGCUUGGGAGUGGCUGAAGGAGAACUGGGAGCACAUCUCCAAAACCUGGGGUUCAGGUUUUUUAUUGACUCGCUUUGUCUCUGCUAUCGUCUCACCGUUUGCUUCCUUCGACAAGGCAAAGGAGGUGGAGGAGUUUUUUAGUUCUCGUACAAGGCCUUCCAUAGCUAGAACAUUGAAGCAAAGCAUCGAACGGGUCCAUAUCAAAGCGAAAUGGGCGGAGAGCAUAAGGAAUGAGAAACAACUUGCGGAGGCUGUGACAGAAUUGGCCUACAGGAAAUACUAA